AUGGCUUCACGUUACUGGGGUGACGAAAAACACCCGGACGCUAUCUAUGCUGUAUAUUUACGCAAGGUUCGAUAUGUGCCGCCGCAAGGAUACGAAGGUGUUCCGCGGUAUCGAGCAAUCGACCCGGAUCGACCUAAAACUGAAAGCACUGAAAUGUCAGGUGCAGACCAUUUGGAAUGGGAAUCUGUCAAAGAGAAGUUGAUCAAAGCUGGAACCGUCGAACGGCUUGUGGAAUGUUUGGUUGGCAGUGAUGACAUGAUGGAUUCGCGACAUUUCAAUGUGUUUUUUGCAACCUAUCGGGCGUUUACCGAUUCCGCAAUAGUCUUAGACUGUUUACUGAGGAGGUACGAAGCACUGGAAAAUGAAGUGAAUGGAAGCACAUCUGCACUUCUAGUUCAAAAUUCGAUCAGACAAAUUGUGAUGUGUUGGCUAGAAACAUAUCCAGAAGAUUUCUACGAUGCUGAUAAAGAAUUCGCAAUGUUAUCCAGUUUACUCGAAUUUGGAGGGCGCAACAAGCUAACCGAACUACGAGCAAAAGCUCGAAAACAGCGAGAAGUAUUCAAACGAAUCUAUGAUGAAGGUGGUAUGCAGGCAGCUCUCCCAUCACUUGGCCAAUAUGUUGCUGACAUGGGAUUUGAUCCUUCAGACUACCCGAAUAAUAUCAAAGAGCGAGUGAAAAUGUUUGAUGUCGGAAAAGAGAACUGCGUGCAAAUUGCCGAACAACUGACGUUCUGGGAUGCGGCUCUCUUCAAAGAAUUAUUGAUACAUCAAUGUCAGGGAUGUGUUUGGUCAAAAAGGAGAACGGCUGGAGAGCGUGUCUACACAGUGAAAGCAACAAUUGAACAAUUCAACUCGGUGUCUCAAAGAGUUAUGACCAGUAUUGUGCUUCCUGAUUGUCGGCCGGAGUAUCGGGCGAAAAUCAUCAGUAAAUGGAUAGAUAUUGCAAGAGAGUUGAGAGCUCUCAAAAAUUUCUCAUCACUCAAAGCAGUUUUGUCAAGUCUACAAUCUGAACCUGUACAUCGCUUGAAAUCCGCAUGGAGUUUUGUGCCAAAUCGUUCCAUCUCCCAAUUCCGAGAACUAUCGUCGAUCUAUGAAACAGAUGAAGAUGGGGAUCAAGGAAAUGCAAGAAAGAUAUUGGAACAAGAAGGAACUGCUAAAAGCUCUCCACUUCGUCGACCACAACUAAUUCAAAACUGCCGAAGGACGAAAAGCGACGUGAAUCUGGCAGAAUGUCAAGGAACCGUCCCAUAUCUUGGAAACUUUUUGACGGAUUUGGCUAUGGUUGACGAGAGUACCCCGGAUUAUACUCCUGAAAACUUGAUCAAUUUUGAAAAACGAAGAAAGGAAUUCGAGGUUCUCGCCAAGUUACGACUGUUCCAAUCAGCUGCUCGUGCCUAUAACAUCCCAAUGGAUCGAAUGUUCUGCGCCUGGUUCUUCUUCUUACCGUGUCUCGAUGAAAAUGAAUGUUUCAAUCGAUCACUGGAAAUUGAGAAACCACCAAUUCAUUCCACACCUGACUUGUCUUCCUCGAGGAUUAACAGUAGCUUGCUGAGCAACGGAUCGCAGAGUACACCGGUCAAGAACUCAACACUAUCGAGGUUAUUCAAUUCAUCGAGAACCAGUGAGGAUAGUGGUAGCCACAAUGGAACGAACGGUACAUGGCAUCAACACUCUCAUUCAUAUUCCUCGUCGACCAAUUCACAAAUUCCGUCGAUCAACACUGGAAGUUCGUUGAAUAUCUCAGAUAACGGAGGUGCCCAACACUCCCGUGACAGUGGAUUGCAGUGUGAGGACUGGAUAGAUGGAAGAUUGGAUGGCGGACCACCUGGACCUGUACCACUAUCUGGAACGUCGACCAUACCGAGAGGUGGCAGCGAAUUCACGCCUUCAUCGUUGUUCCCGUACAGCCAUAACAGGAGUAAAAGCGGCGAAUCUUCGUUGCAAGAGGUGAAUACAUCGAUUUCAACGAGAGUUAGUGUGGAUGGAACAAGUGGUACCCAAUCCUUAUCGCGAAGUGCAACUCCAAUCCGUACCCGACUAGCAGAAGUAUUCGAUUCAAAAGUGUUCUCCCACCAAAAGAAAGGAAGUGAUGCCUCCAGUUGCUCAUCUUCUUCAUCUCUAUCAGCAAACGGCAAUUCUCAAGCACAAAAUUCAUUUUAUUUGGCAAGAGUUGGUUUGGACGAUGAUCUUCAGAACACUGAUGGUGCCAAUUAUAAAUGUAUUAAAAUCGAAAAUGGAGAUAGAAUGCCGCAGUUAAUAGCUCGAGCACUAGAAAAACAUUUGAUAGAAGAUGAAAAGAACAAAUAUCUGCUUGUUCAACUACUGCCUCGUGGCGGGGAGUUUGUGUUACCGGAGAAUUGCAAUCCGUUCUAUGCAAUGGCUCCAGAUCCAACAUCGCCGAUGCUAAAUUUAUUGUUAAGGAAGCGAGACAGCAACGGAACCAUUGAAGGUGGCGUCUCACCACAAUUAGGACCAUCGGCCAAAAAAUUGAAUCGCAUGAAGCGAACAAAUCUAUUGCGAUGGAGCAGUGGCUACUUGUAA